UAAUAACCCCAAUACUACUACUACUCCUAAUACUACAUCUAAUAACAAUAAUACUAAUACUACUGCUACUCCUAAUGCUACUCCUAAUACUACUCCCCAUACUACCCCUAAUAGUAAUAAUACCAAUACUACUCCUGAUAGUAACACUACUCCUGAUAGUAAUACCAAUACUACUGCUACUCCUAAUGCUACUCCUAAUAGUAACAAUACCAAAUGCUACUCGUGA